AUUUCUAGCCAUUCUGUAGAGGAAGUUCUGAGACUAUGAUUUCUGCUUUUGCUAGUCCGGGAACAUGGCAGAGGAAGAGGGAGAAUCCAGUCUUGAAAGUUUCUCAUUUAACAUGGAAGAUGAGUUCUUUGGAGAAAAAAGCUUCCAACACUAUUGUGCGGAAUUCAUCAGACAUUCACAACAGAUAGGCGAUGGUUGGGAAUGGAGAACAGCCAAGGAAUGUUCUGAUGGCUACAUGUGCAAAACACAGUUGCAAAUAAAAAAUGGGACUACGACAUCACAUCUGGGAACACCUGCCAGUGUACAAACGUGUCUUCCAACAGAGGAGAAUUUAGAGCUCCCGGUGGAUGAUUCUCAAGUGACGGAGUCCGCAGCAGCGUCCGAAGCGAUUAAAUACGAGUAUCAUGUCUUAUAUUCCUGCAGCUACCAAGUACCUGUUCUUUACUUUAGGGCAAGCUUUUUAGAUGGGAGACCUUUAGCCCUGAAGGAUAUAUGGGAAGGAGUCCACGAAUGCUAUAAGACGCGACUGCUGCAGGGACCGUGGGACACCAUCACCCAGCAGGAGCAUCCAGUACUUGGGCAGCCAUUCUUUGUUCUACAUCCCUGCAAGACAAAUGAAUUCAUGACUGCAGUGCUGAGAAGUUCACAGAAAAUCAAUAGAAAUGUCAACUACAUCACAUCAUGGCUGAGCAUUGUGGGGCCAGUUGUUGGUCUGAAUCUACCUCUGAGCUAUGCUAAAGCAACAUUGCAGGAUGAGUGAUUUGUUGACGAGCAAGAAACUGCGGCAUGGAGAACACCAAGAGUAUACCUGGGAGGCCUCGGUGGUUAUGGAAAUGGGACUGCGGUACCUCCUGUCACCACGAUUUGAUGCAGAUUUCUUUCCUUGAGAAGAAAACAUCUGCAGACCUGUUUGGAACAGUGUUUGUGUGGAAGGAACACAUCACAGAUUCAGAUGACUGUAAAGAGAAAAAAGGAUCUAAAUCAGUGACAUUGUAGUUCAGACAUCAUCAGGGCUCACACAGGUUGUUUUCCUCUAGACACGGUUCUUCUUCUGUUGUGGAGAUUGAUGGAGAAAUGUGUUUGUGUGUUCAGUUUCAUAUAAGAUGUAUGAAAAUUAAAAUGUAGAACUUACUUGUUUCAGAAAA